AUGGACGCGCCGAUGCCGACCCUGUUUGGGCGCACUGCUGCAGCCAUAACCUGCAUGGCCCUGUUGGUGGUCCACUGGCUUGCUACAAAGGCGGACUUGAAGUCCGGGCUGUCGCAGCUCCUCCACUUCGCGGAAGACUGGGUUGGCGGGAAGGGCUCGGGUCUCAGCCCCAUGGCGGCCCGCGUCGAGGAGGAGCUGAUGCGUCUACGCUUAAAGAUCUUGACGUCCUUCUUCCGGCUUAUCGUCCAUGUGAUGCUGGUUCUACUCCUAUUCUUCACCUUUGACUUGUUCUGUGCACCUGGCCUGCAAUCGGCGACAUGGUGGGUCAUCGGUGCAAUGGGAUAUCUGUUGAUGUUUUGGCUUCUCAGCACAAAGCGGCCUCUCACAUCUUCGCUGCUUGUCCCCUUGCGGCUACUCCUCUGGGUGCGACUUUUGAUUCUCGUGUGGGUGAGCGGCUCCGACCAGAGUGGCGUAUUGGGGCGGCACGGCUUGUGCCAGGGAAUUUACAUUCUGCAGACACUCCUCUUCCCCGUCGGCAGAAUGACCAUAUUGCAGACCGUGUCCUACUUUGCUGUCGACACCUGGGUCAAGGGGCACGUCUUCGGUACAGUAAAUUCGUGGCUGAUAGUGUCUGCAUGUGCCCAGUCUUUAGCAUACCUGGCCAUACCACUCUUUUGCGAGUUCGCUGUUCGGGAGUGGAUUGUGGCAUCGUUUCAGUCGCAAGACUCGGACUCCUUGGUUCGGGGCUUUCGGCAGAUGCUGAAGGGGAUCUGUGAUGGAGAGCUGCUACUGGACGGCAACUUCCAGAUCCGCGGCAAAGCGCUGUGCCUGCAAAGGCUCCUGUCAAGCAGUGAGGACUUUGCUGGGCGCAGCUUUCGGGACCUUGUGGUCGAUGAUGAGGCGAGGAAGCUGUUCGAUGACUUCCUAGCGCGGGCCGUAGCUGUCAGCCACAGCGACAGUGAAUCGGGCGAAGAAAGCGGCGAGCGGCAGCGCUUGCCAUCCGUCGCCCCGCGCUGUCUGCGCGUGCCUCUCCGGGCCCCUUCGGGCCAGACGAUUUCGGUGGACGUCUUCCACGUCCCGCUGCCUCCUAGUCUCUAUGGCGAGAGCACCGCCUACCACCUGCUUGCCCUGAAGGAGGAUGUGCAGACCAUGCCGCCUCCAGAUGCGGACCCGACGCAGAAUGUGCUUCCCAGCAGCCUGCUGGCUUCUAGGAGUGCCCCGACGGCGCGCUCCGCUGCCAGCAACGAGUCGCACGAAGAGGUCUACGACGAGCUGGCGGAGAUGACGUUGCUGGUGAACGCGAGCACGACACUGAUGGAUAUCGAGGAAGCUCACUUGCGAUUCGUGCGCAAGACCGACGAGUCCAAGGUGCGGAUGGGCAUGCCCACCCUGAAGCGCUUUGCGCGGCCACUGGACUGGGUCGGCAACGCCGGCAUCGAUGCCGUCCUGCGCCGUUACGCGCGGAAGGUGCGGAAAGCUCACGCCGAGAACCCGGGCCAGCAGGUGGAGGAGGAGGAGCAGGCGUUUCCGUCAAUGACGCUGCGCGUGCCCGGCGAGUCGAGGAAGCACCUCCGCUCUAGGCGUGUGGCGAUCAGCUCCCCGUUCCCCCGCCAGCACACUACUGACGAUGUUUUCCUCUACGUCCACUUGCAAAGCUUCGAAGAGCGCCGCGCCCGAGCCCCUCCGAGCCUUACUUCUCUUGGUGAGGAGGUCGGUCUCGAGGGACCUGCGCUACGCCCGGGGCGCGCGGGCGACGAGGACCAGUUCCCGCCGUCGCCUGAUUUGACGGGCCGGGAGGCGCGAGUGGACCAGCGAGGAAGCCAGGAGCGGGGCUCAUCGAGCGAAGGGAGCCAAAGGUCGAGGAGCGACAACGACAACCCUUUGCGCCGCCGACGGAAGCGUUCGUUACCUGCGGAUGUGAGGCGAGUGAGGUAG